AUGCUUCACGCAUCAGCUGCUUCAGCGAUGUCUUAUGGGUACAGAAGUCUAAGCAGCACACCCCUGGACAAGUGGAUUAGAAGCCAGAAAGGCGGACAUAUGCAGUUCCUGACAAUCCAAGGAUUAGCAGUGGCAUGGGUUACUAUGCUGCUGAGCCUUGGAAAUGACAUCUUCCCUACUGUCAAAUCGCUCAGAGCCCUCAAACGCGCGUUGUUCAUGAUCGCUAUGCCACUGUCUGUGGUCAUCUCAACCAUCUACUGGUCACUCUUACUAUUUCUCCCGAACCUUAUUCUUCGAAGAGAAUCAACAAAUAUGGAGCCCACCUCUUCCACUGCAGUACCCAAAUUUAUUCGGCUUGACCUCAAUGUAGAUCUCGCUCUGCACGCCGUUCCCGCACUCACUCUUUUCUUGGACUUUAUCCUCUUUGAGAGGCCUUACUCUCACAAAGCAGCAAGGCGCGGUGCUCCUUUACUAUCGGUUUUGGCAACUCUGUGGUACGGCUCCUGGGUCGAAUACUGCGCUAGCUACAACGGGAUGUUCCCCUAUCCAUUCCUCACGGGAAAUCCGCUUCCGAUUCGCAUAGCCAUAUAUUUUGGGGCGUGUCUGUUGGCUCUGCUCUCAUUCUGGGCUCUCAACUCGGUACAUACUAAACCUAUAUUGGGCCACAUCGGGUUACAGCCAGUAUUGCGAUCAUAUGACAGGCCUACGCUGAAAGGCACGCUUGAGGAUUGA